CAACAAACAAAAAUCUUUUAACCUUCAAAUUUUGGCCAUCCAUCCAUCAUGGUCACAAAAAUUAUUAUUAUGCUACCAAAAUCAAUUCAACUUCUCCAUGUGUUUGUGGUUGUGGUUGUGCUUUCACUAUUAUUAUUAAACUACAUACCUGUUCUUGGACUCUCCUCAGGAGGAGUUGAAGCUGCUAAUAAAAUCAGGUGCAUAGAGAGGGAGAAACAAGCUCUCCUCAAGUUUAAAGAAGCUGCUAAUAUUCUCUCUUCUUGGGGGAAUGAAGAAGAUAAGCAAGACUGUUGCAAAUGGAGGGGAGUGCAUUGCAACAACCACGGUGGUCAUGUAACCAUGCUCGAUCUUCAUGACUGGUAUUUAAGCGGUAAGAUCAGUCCUUCAUUGCUUGAAUUGCAGCAUUUGAAGUAUUUAGAUCUUAGCGGAAAUUCGUUUGAAGGGCGCAUCCUAGAGUUAAUUGCUUCCUUGAGCAGAUUACAAGUCCUCAACCUCCAUUCCAAUUACUUUGGUGGUCCGAUUCCUCAUCAGAUUGGGAACCUUUCCAACUUAAGGUAUCUUGAUCUCUCUUUUAAUCAUCUAGAAGGUCCGAUUCCUCAUCAGCUUGGGAACCUUUCCAACUUAAGGUAUCUUGAUCUCUCUUUUAAUUUUUAUCUAGAAGGUCCGAUUCCUGAUGCUUUUGGGAACAUGAUAUCCCUUGUACAUCUCAAUCUCUCUUUUAAUCAGCUAGAAGGUGGCAUUCCAAAGUCGUUCGUCAAUCUAAGUCGUUUACAAUCGUUAGAAAUGAGUUUCAACAAUUUAACAGAUGAACUUUCUGAGAUUCUUCACCAGUUAUCUCGAUCUGAGAACUCAUUACAGACUUUGAACUUAGCGGGGAAUCAACUUAGUGGUACAUUGCCUGAUUUCACAAGAUUUUCAUCCUUGAGGGAAUUGGAUCUCAGUUACAACCAAUUGAAUGGGCCUAUCCGAGAAAGUUUUGGACCACUUCCUAGUCUUGUUCACCUAGAUUUGUCUGGAAACCAAAUUACUUCGAAUUCUUUCCAAGGCAUAAUCUCUGAUGCCCACUUAUCAAACCUCUACAGUUUGCAAUAUUUGGACUUGUCUUUUAACCAACUAGUUUUGAACUUUAGCUCUGAUUGGGAUCCUCCUUUUCAACUUCGUCAAAUAAGCUUGGCAUUUUGCAAGUUGGGGCCUUAUUUCCCAAAAUGGCUUCGAAAGCAAAAUAAAAUUUCCAAUCUUGAUAUCUCUGGAGCUGGAAUUUCAGAUACUGUCCCAAGUUGGUUUUGGGAUCUAUCACCCGAGUUAAAUUUUUUAAAUCUUUCCUGCAACCAAAUCAAUGGCUUGUUACCAGAUUUAUCUUCAAAGUUUACUGAUGCUAUCGGCAUAGAUUUAAGUUCUAAUCGCUUUACAUGUCAAAUACCACCACUUCCAUCCAAUUUAACAUUUUUGAAUCUCUCCAAAAACAUGUUUUCGGGGUCAAUUUCUUUCUUAUGUGCAAUUUCUAGCACUGCAGCUUUCUCCCAUCUUGACCUCUCAAGCAACCUAUUAUCAGGAAGACUUCCAAAUUGUUGGGAACAUUUGAAAGCACUUGCAUUUAUCAAUUUGGACAACAAUAAUUUUUCUGGAGCACUUCCUAGCUCAAUAGGUUCCCUAAAUGCCAUUGAAGCAUUGCAGUUGCGCAACAAUAGUUUCUCUGGGAGAUUGCCAAAUUCUUUGAAUAAAUGCGUACAGUUGAAAAUUAUUGACUUGGCGCAAAACAGAUUCACAGGAAAAAUACAAGCAUGGAUAGGGAUACGUCUCACAAGGUUAAUCGUUCUUAGUCUACGAUCCAACAAAUUCUAUGGAAGCAUACCUCAAGAUAUCUGCUACCUUAACUAUAUUCAAGUUUUGGACCUCUCUCAAAAUGAUUUAUCAGGAAAACUACCACAAUGUUUCAGCAAUUUUUCUGCUUUGGUUCAAAGUAAUAGUCCGAAAGGAACUACUAUUUUCAAAUACACUGUAUAUGAAGGUGUUACGAAUGUCUCAGAUUUCCUAUACUAUGAGAGUAAUGCAUUGGUUCAAUGGAAAGGACAAGAGAGGGAGUACGGAAAACAACUGGGACUACUUAAAAUGAUUGACCUUUCUAGCAACAAAUUGACUGGAAAAAUUCCUCAGCAAGUUGCGAGUCUUACAGAGUUGGUUUCCUUGAACCUGUCAAGAAACAAUUUGGCUGGAAGAAUCAUCCAAGAGAUUGGUCAGAUGAAGAUGUUGGAAACUCUUGACCUAUCUGCAAAUAGACUUUCUGGUGAGAUUCCUACAAGCCUUGCUGAUUUAACUUUUCUUGAUGUAUUGAACUUGUCAAAUAACAACUUGUCGGGAAAAAUUCCAUCAAGCACUCAAUUGCAAAGCUUUGAUGCCUCUGCAUAUUCCGAGAAUCCAAAACUCUGUGGGCGUCCCCUACCCAGUAAGUGUCCAGGAGAGGAAACGAUUGUGGAACCUCCAAUUUCUACUAAAGGGAUUCAAGAAGAUGAGGACAGAUUUAUUACCUCAGGAUUUUAUGUUAGCAUGGGGAUUGGUUUCACCCUUGGAUUUUGGGGAGUUUUUGGCACUAUGCUUUGUAACAGUCCAUUUAGAUAUGCCUACUUCAAAUUCUUGGACCGCAUACAAAAUUGGUUCUAUGUGACUGCAGUAUUGAAUAUGGCUAGACUACAAAGGAAUCUUUAAGGAAAAUCGGGAAGCUGCCACACACAAGACAUGAGCUUGUGAUGGUGAGUUCGUGGUAAACGAAGUGGAGUUGCUGGUACCAUCUUUGCUUAGGCCCUCUAUUUCUUUCUCGAAGGAUGUAGCUACUUAAAUAAAUAACUCAAGUGUGUAAUUUAAUUAUUUUGGGUGUUUUGAAGGACUCCAAUCUUUUGUUUUGGAUUAUCAGUGUUGUCAAUAGUUAUGGCAUUGGCAUGGA